AUGGCAGAACUAGCUAGUUCAUCAGGAGGAGGACAUGAACUGCCACAAAUGGACCAGGAGCUCCCGACGGCAGCCACAUCCGGUGAUUUCACAUCAGAUAGUUCAACGGGAGGUGGACACGAACAUCUACAGAUGGACCAGCGGCUCUUGACAGCGGCCGCAUCCGGUGAUUCCACGUCAAUGAAGGAGAUGGCCUCGCAAGAUCCAAGCAUUCUUCUUGGAACAACUCUAGCUGGGAACACCUGCCUUCACAUAUCCUCCAUCCAUGGGCACCAGGAAUUCUGUACGGAUGUGGUAGAACUGGAGGAGUCUCUCCUCGCCGCUUUAAACCUGGAAGGGGAGACACCACUUCUCACCGCAGUGACUAGUGGACACGUCUCCCUGGCUUCCGUUCUACUCCAAUGCUACCGUGCACCGGGAUUGAGCGAGUCAAUCUUGGAGCAAGACAUCGAUGGUUGUAACGCACUGCACCAUGCCAUUCGCAACGGCCACAGGGAGCUUGCCCUGGAGCUCAUAGAAGCAAAACCCGCCCUGUCGACACAUGCGAACAUUUGGAGCGAGUCUCCCAUGUACAUUGCGGCGUUGAGGGAUUUUAUUGAUGUUUCAGAGAAAUUACUUGAAAUUCCUGAUUCUGCUCAUACAGGACCAUACGGCCACAACACUCUGCGGGCUGCCGUGAGAAAUGGAAACCCAGAAAAUCCAAUCAAAAAUUCUUUCUCACUGGACUGGUUCAGACACCCGCCGUGGCCCGUGGGGACCGACUGUCCUUCCCCGCUGCCUGCUGUACUCACAUGUGGCGGCCUGAUUGUCCAGAUUGGCGUGGUACGAGUAUUGCUGGAGCAUGAUUGCUCUUUAGGGUAUGAGUUGCCACGUGAUGGUUCCCCUCUCCUCAGUGAAGCUGCAAUUGGAGGUCAUAUCGCUGUUGCUCAAGAGCUUCUUAAACACUGUCCCGAUGCUCCUUACCGUGCAACAAAAGGUCUGUGUUGGACAUCCCUUCACACAGCUGUAUGGUAUGAUCAAGUGGAGUUUGCCGAAUUCAUAAUGAGGACCUCACAAUUACGCAAGCUCGUCAACAUGCAAGACAUGAACGGGAGAACUGCUCUACAUGGCGCAUUACAGAAGUGCAGUCCUAAAAUGGUUGCUGCUCUGCUGUCUCACAAAGGUAUAGACACAAUAGUCAUUGAUAAUAGGGGUACACCACCAACUUUGGAGUUGUCAGCCUUCACGGAUCAUGCCAAAACAUUAAACUGGAAUGAAGUGCGUAUGCUUAUGCUGAGAGCUGAUCCCCGAGAUGCCGCCUCUUUUUAUAAUCUUCAAAGGAAAACCAAACUAGAAGCGACCGAGGCAUCAAGGAAGGAAGCAAAAUCACUAACUCAAACAUACACAAGAAACACUUCGUUAGUGGCGAUUCUCAUUGCGACAAUCACCUUCGCCGCUGCCUUCACCCUUCCUGGAGGAUACAUCAACGGUGCUGGAAGCGAGGGACUUCCCAUCAUGUUUAGGAAGUUUGCAUUCCAGGCAUUCUUGAUUUCUGACGUCUUAGCAAUGUGCUCCUCAUUUGUUGUGGCCUUCAUAUGCAUCAUAGCAAGGUGGGAGGAUUAUGAGUUCUUGCUUUAUUACAGAUCCUUCACUAAGAAGCUCAUGUGGUUUGCAUACGUGGCAACUACUAUGGCUUUUUCAACUGGUUUAUACACAGUGCUUGCUCCACGCGUCCACUGGUUGGCUAUUGCAAUUUGCGUCAUGGUAGCUUUGUUGCCGAUUCUAACUAAGCUACUCUGUGAAUGGCCUGUCUUGAAGCUCAGACAUCGGUUGGGUAAAGCUUUCAAUUCUGAUUUGCUUGACAUGGUGUAA